GAAGAGCUGCCAUACACUGACGUCCAGCACACGCGGAGUUCCAAAGGUCUAGUGAAAUCAUGGACGGAUUCGAUGAGGAAGCGUUCAAAAAGUUCUUCCCGAGUACCUUUGGGAAGCAGAGCAGAGAAGCCGACGUUGGGGGGCAAAUCAACAGGACGAAGCGAACAGAAGCGGCAGCAAAACCACAGCAGCUCGCGGGAAAGCCCGACGUACAGACGCAACAGGAGGUUGAUUCGAAGGCUCCGGCAGCUCAGCAGCCAGCCUCCGCCUCCGCGUCCGGCUCUGAUUCCGAUUCCGACGACUCAGAAGACGACGACGAUGAGUUCCCGGUGUCGCAUGAUCUCGUGUUUAAGACGCACGAGCGGGCAAUCACUACCGUUACCGUUGAUCCCUCUGGCGCUCGAAUGAUAACUGGUUCGACAGACUGCACAAUCAAAUUCCACGAUUUCGCAUCCCUCACCCCGACCACUCUGCGCGCUUUCAAAUCCGUCGAACCCUCUGCGAAGAAACAUUCCGCUGCUUCGGAAACACACCCCGUUCACGUUGCGAAAUUCAACCCUUUGUCUCCGGGCUAUGUGCUGGCUAUUGCUGCGACGCCGCAGCCGAAGAUCUUGUCCCGAGAUGGGGAUACGUUGACAGAGUUUGUCAAGGGGGAUAUGUAUCUGCGUGACAUGCGCAAUACGAAGGGUCAUAUUUCGGAGGUUACGAGUGGGACGUGGAGCCCGACGGACUCCAAUCUAUGUGCUACGGCGGCGACGGAUAGUACAGUUCGAAUAUGGGAUGCCAACAUUGGGAGAAGUCAGAAAGAGGUUAUUGUGCAUAAGUCGAAGGCGGCGGGCUCGGCGGGGAGGACGAGAAUAACUGCUGUCGCGUGGGGGUCCCCGGCGCAGGGAGGGAACAAUGUGCUGGUGGCUGCUGCACUGGAUGGGAGUCUUGUAAUGUGGGGUGGAGAUGGACCGUUCACAAGACCGAGUGGUGAGAUUAGAGACGCGCAUACUCGGGAUACCUGGACGAGCGGUUUGGACAUAAGCCCAGACGGGAGGUUGAUUGUGACGAAGGGAGGAGAUGACACCAUCAAGCUGUGGGACACUAGGAAAUUUAAACAACCUAUCACGACCGUGUCGCAUAUCUCUAAUUCCAAUAUCUACCCUACGUCGAAUAUACAGUUCUCUCCCACGGGUGCCAAUAUCAUCACGGGCUCACAAACGGGAGAUCUGUAUAUCCUGAAUCCGGCAACUCUGAAACCCGAGCUUAAAACACCCAUCACCCCCGAUUCGCCGAUAAUCACCGUGCUCUGGCACGAGAAGUUGAACCAAAUACUCGCCGGCUCUGCAAACGGAGGAACACAUCUUCUAUACAAUCCGAAUCUUUCUCGCAACGGCGCGCUUACUAUUAUGUCCAAGGCCCCGAAGCGUCGCCACAUCGACGAUGACCCCAAUCUCACUACGGAUCUGUCUCUCGGUUUCUCCGGUGAAGGUAUUAUCAGCGGCAGUGGCAUCGCAUCUGCCACUAGCUUCUCUAGUAGGCACCCUACAAUUGGCCUGACCGCGUCUGGCCGCUCCCGCGAUCCGCGUCGACCGCAUCUCCCUGCACAGACGCCUUUUGCUAAAAGUCAACCCGACGAGAAGCAUAUCAAGGAGAACAUCCCUCUUAGUUCCAUGAGAGAUGAAGAUCCGAGAGAGGCAUUGCUAAAGUAUGCGGAAAAAGCGGAGAAGGACCCGAUAUUUACAAGUGCAUGGAAACAUACGCAGCCGAAGCCGAUAUUCGCUGAACUCAGUGACGACGAAGAGGAAGAGAAGAAGCAGGGGCAUUUGGGUCCAGAUAGAAAGAGGAUCAAGAGAUAGGGAGGCGCAUCCGAAGGUGCACCUUUCUUUGCCUUAUUUUUCGUGAUACUCUGCCGUUGAGUCUUUUAUGUAUGGCUUCAUUUUCAAUGGGACCUCUGGCGUCGCUAGGGUGUUGGGGGAUGGUGGCGGACCAGCCUGAUGGAGGGAAAUUGGUUAUUUAUACUACCCAUUUGUACUCUCUAGACACGAUUCUUCUCUA